AUGUAUUCGCUGAGUACUUCUGGGUACGGCAACCGCAGAGGCUCGAAGGAGGAAAUGUGCAGAAUUGCGCAAAAACGGAACGAAGGGCGAUUAUCAAACUGGACGGCACACUUAACGCGGCAUCGGACCCUCCCGACAGCUGGCGCUAUGCAACCCCAACAACCUCUGGUGACGACAGCUCUUCUUGCACGCAACUCCCCCAACGAAAGCUACAGUGGACUAUAAGGUAA